UUGAUCACGCCGUACACCAUGCCGACUUCCUCGCACGACGCCGGCGACGGCGUUCCCUCCAUAUCCGCUUCCUCCGUCGUUGCUAACGCCGUGUGCGGCCACCACUUGCUGAAGAUCGUGGGCUACUCGCGCACCAAGGAGGUUCCCAACGGCGAGCGCAUCGACUCUAGCCCGUUCCAGCUGGGAGGCCGCACAUGGCGUGUUCGUUACUAUCCCAACGGGAAAAACUCCGAGCACAUCGAUUACAUAUCUCUCUUUCUCCGCUUGGAUGAUACCGUUGCCGAGGCCGAGGCCGUGAAUGCACAAGCCAAGUUCAGCUUACUCGACCAACAUGGGAAUCCUGUGCCUCCCUAUAUCCAGCGUACCCUCACGAACAACUACGCUGUGAAUAUAUCUUGGGGAUACGGCAUACGGGAAGUUCAUCAAAAGGGAGGAGUUGGAGAAAUCAGAGCAUCUCAAGGACGAUUCCUUCACUGUCAAGGUCGACGUCGCUAUGCUGGGGUUGUUCCACGGGCAGGAGACGCCAUCCAUCGUGGGGAUCUCCUAACAAGCAAAGCAGGCGUCGAUGUCGAAUUCCUAGUGGGCGGGGAGACAUUCUCGGCGCACCGGUAUGUGCUCGCGGCGCGCUCUCCCGUUUUUAGAGCAGAGUUCUUUGGUUCGAUGAAGGAGGGAACUACCACUGAGGCCAUACGUAUAGAUGACAUUGAGGCACAUGUGUUCAGUGCUCUGCUUACUUUCAUGUACUCGGACGCUUUGCCGGAUAUGAAGCAACAGGAAGAAUAUGACAUGGCUCAGCAUUUGCUUGUUGCAGCAGAUAGGUAUGGUUUGGAGAGGCUGAAGCUGAUUUGUGAAUAUAAACUGAGCAAUCAUAUCUAUAGGAGCACCGUGGCGGCCAUCUUGACAUUGGCGGAGCGGCACCACUGCCAUGGGCUCAAGAAAGCAUGUUUGGCAUUCCUUGGCUCGUCAGCGAAUCUGAAUGCGUUCAUGGAGUCUGAAGGUUUUGAGUUUUUAACCAAGAGCUGCCCCGGUCUUGUAAAGGAUCUCCUCUUAUCCAAGGUUGUAGCUUGUUGA